GCUUUUAUCAUUCAUUCUCACUCCUCGCUGUUUCUGUCUCGUAUCCUUCUCCCCUUUUUAUUUUUUUAAUUCAACAUCUUAUUGAUCAGAGAAAACAGCCCCCAUUCCCUCUCCCAUUUGCCGAUGCCAUCAACUAAAAGACAACAAGCAUACACGCUUAACUCUCAUGGCCACCACCACCACCACUACUUCAACAACCAAAGCUCAACUUAUUAAAGUCCAAGCUCAGCCCAUCAAGCCCAAACGCCGUAGAUUCCGUGAAACCACCAUUUCCUCCUCUGCCUCCACCACCACAACAAAUAACUCUGAAUCCGCCUGCUACUUGACCCAAACCCGAAAACAUGACCCACCAACAAUAGCCUCUCCAGAUAACUUUUGGUUCCGUCCAGCUUCUAAACCUCUCCCAACUCCGCCUCCUCCAUCACCGCCUCCACAGAAAACCCGUUUCCCCAUUAACCAUAGUCCACAACCCGACCUGGUUUCAACCUCACCUUCAGAAUUCAAGAUCCUGUUGUCUCCAGGAAGUCAGUCACCAGUGAUGGAAUUUACAACAACAACACUACUAGCAAAUGGCCACCACCACAUUGCUUCUCCAAUUGAACACUCAUCUUUCCCUUCUAGUUUUACCAAGUUUAACUCUGCACUCACUGCCGGUUUGUUGAACCCUAUGUCACCUCCACCACCUGAUCAUAAACCCCGGUCAAGCCCGACCCUUUUUGAAAUGAUGGCUAGUGAACCCGAGAUGCAACCCAGAACCAUAACCCAGAUACCCAUUAUCGGUAAUAAUGGAAAUAUCAAUGUCAGAAACACACAGAGCAGUCAAAUGUCGGUUCAAGAUAGACAAGCUUUAAUCUUGCAACGUAUAACUAACAUUCUGGGAAACAGGAGUCCUGGUAAUCAGUUUAAUGAUUCGAGUUCUAGUGAUGUGAACUUGACAUUGAGUUCUAAAGAUGGUAUUAGUGUUUCAAUGAAUGUGCAUAGGCAGAUCUUGGUGGGUCAUAGUCGGUUUUUUGCAGUGAAGUUGUCGGAUAAGUGGGCUAAUAAGCAACAAAGGAUGUCUGCUCCUUAUGUUGUGGAGAUUGCUGAUUGUGAUGAUGUUGAGGUUUAUAUUGAGACUCUGAGGUUGAUGUAUUGUAAGGAUCUGAGAAGGAAGCUUAUGAAAGAGGAUGUGUCUAGAGUUCUUGGUAUUUUAAAGGUUUCUGCAGCAAUUGGGUUUGAUGCUGGGGUUUUAUCUUGCUUGGAGUACUUGGAGGCUGCUCCAUGGGCUGAGGAUGAAGAAGAGAAGGUGGCUUCACUUCUAUCGGAGCUUCGCCUUGAAGGGGUUGGAGUGAGUGAAGUUUUGAAGAGGGUUUCUGUUGAAGUCACCAAUGGAACUCAAGAUGGUGGCGACAAUGAAGAAGUGCUUCUCAAGCUUUUACAUGUAGUUCUGGAAGGGAAGGAUGAGAAAGCGAGGCGUGAGAUGAAAGGAUUAUUGUCGAAGAUGCUUCGUGAGAAUUCUUCUCAGAAUGACCUUCGGAAAGAGUCAUUGUACUUGGCAUGUAAUGGGUGUUUGCAAUUGCUUCAAGACCAUUUUCUCCGGGCAGCCUCAGGGGUUUUGAAUGAUGUUGGACAAAUUGCGCGGCAAGCAGAUAACUUGCAUUGGAUUUUGGAUAUUUUGAUUGAUAGACAGAUCGCUGAAGAUUUUUUGAAAACAUGGGCCUCUCAAUCUGAAUUGUCUGCUGUACAUUCUAAAAUUCCAGCUAUUCACAGGUAUGAGGUUAGUAGAGUUACAGCUAGGUUGUUUGUUGGGAUCGGAAAGGGGCAGCUGUUGGCUUCCAAAGAAGCAAGGUCUUUGCUUCUACAGACGUGGUUAGUGCCAUUUUAUGAUGAUUUUGGUUGGAUGAGGAGGGCAACAAAAGGCCUUGAUCGACAUUUGAUUGAAGAUGGUCUUAGUAACACAAUUUUAACUCUGCCACUAGCUUGGCAGCAGGAUAUUUUGCUUGCUUGGUUUGAUCGAUUUCUGAAUUCUGGUGAAGAUUGUCCUAAUAUACAAAGGGGAUUUGAAGUUUGGUGGAGGAGGGCAUUUUGGAGACGUCGUGGUGAGCAGGAAAGGACACGGCCAAUAAGAAUUACAACUGCAACCAUUGAGAACUCAUAACAAGUUAGAGCUUCCAUGAUGCAGGAUAUGAUGGUGAAGAGGUGAUGGUUUCUUACGGGCCAGUUGUGAUCAGUUUGGUCCUGACUGCAAAUCAACGAUUCUCAUUCUUCUUCCUUUCUAAACCAGGGCCAACAAAUCAUGUUGGAGUGGAAAUUGCAUAGAGGUGAAUGGCGUGUUUUGAGUCCUGAAAUAGCUAGGUUUAGUCUGGAAGAAGAUUGAAAGAAUUUGGAUGCUACUUCCACAAUUUAUUGGGAUUAAACAAUAAUAGAGAUUGCUUCUUUUGUUCAACUUGAUACUUAAUUCAGUAGUUAUCUCUCUUUAUUACUCUUACAUUGCUUGUUAUCUUGUUAGGUUAGGUGUUCUCUAAUCAUCAUAUAUAAAAUUGUUCUUUAAAUUAUGAUCA